CCGGCCGCGAGGAGCCGCGCCAUGGCCGCUGCCGCCCGCUGGUGCUACCGGGGGGACCCCGAGGAGGCCCAGAGCGCCCCGCUCGUUCAAUUCUCAAAUGGAAAACUGCAGAAUUCUGAAAACAUGGAUUUUACUUUAUACAAAAGCAAAGACACUACUAAUCCCAGAAAGAAACACCAAAGAAUCUUGACUUCGGAGACAGACAGGCUUUCUUAUGUGGGAAAAAACUUCGGCUCAGGUGUCCUGAAAUGUAACUCCCUAUGCAGGUACUUUGUCGGUGUGUUAGACAAGGACGCUGGACAAAUGGAAGUCUAUAAUGCUGAAUUAUUCAACAUGCAGCCGUUGUUGUCAGAUGAUUUAAUAGAUGACAACCCAUCAGAUUAUCAGAAUAAAUCCUACAGAGAGAAGGUGGAUUCGUGUAUUGAAGCCUUCGGCACCAACAAGCAGAAGCGAGCCCUGAACUCUCGAAGGAUGCACCAAGUUGGCAGUGAGACUUUAAAUGUGGCUGUGACAAAAGCAGCAGAAAACAUCAUAGAGACAAAAGGUGUCGCUGCUUUAGUCAGUGACGCCGCUCAGGAUGAUUUGCAAGAUGUCUCCCUCUUCCUACCUCCCUGCCAGGAAGAUGCUGACAGACCAGAGAAUGUCUACAGGUUUGAGGACCUCCUCUCCCCUGCCGAAUAUGAAGCGCUGCAGACUCCAGCUGCAGCUUUUGUUAGCAUUACUCCUGAGGAGAUCCUUAAGAAGACAGAAGAGAAGAGCCAUUGCUCCUUCGUUCUAGAAGAACUGAAGUCCAUGCCGCUAAGUGAGGACAGAGCGGACCAUAAGGCGCGGUGUCUGUGGUUUCUGGAUGCCCUCAUCAAGUUCAGUUUCCAGAAAGUGAUUAAGAAGAAACAUGCAAUGGGCCCCGACUGUCCACACGUCAUUAACAGCAAACUCAUGAAAAACUUCACGGCCCUGACAUACAACAAUGGCAGAAUCCAGAAUUUAAUCUCUGCUUCGAUGAAGGCUAAAAUUACAGCCUACGUCAUAGCCUUAGCCCUGCACAUUAACAACUUCCAAACAGACCUGACUGUGCUCCAGAGGGACAUGAAACUCCGCGAGAACAGAAUACUGGAGAUCGCUAAAGCCAUGAGGCUGAAAAUCUCCAAAAGGAAGGGGACUUCAGGACUCACGGACGAUGAAGACCACAAGUUGGCCACCCUCUCUCUGCCCUUACCUGUGUACAAGCCAGCCGGGAGCCAGCGGAAGCGCAGGAAGAUGAAAUAAAGGACUACUGUGCAUAUCUCACGGCGGAGAACACUCUGCAAGAACAAAGCUGACACCAGUUUCCUGAUCCCACUUCGAAAUCUGAGCUCCUAGAAGGGCUGUUUUGCCAGACAGUGGCACUUACCCCCUUGGACCUGGACAAGGCUGAUCAUAAUAAUGGGUUUGGGCUGAAGUUCAUCUCUGUAAUCAGUCCUUUUUUGAAAAUAAACCAAAACCCUCUCCUUCUUUC